UUACAGGUUUGCAAUGACAGGUUUCUUUUUUCACUCGAGGCUAGCCAAGGACCUAUGUGAAACGGAUCUCUUGCAAAGGGCCAAUGCAAAUAUGACUGAGUCUCAGUUCUUCAGGGAUUAUGGAAAUAGACACGUAAAACACUCAAGAAAUGACCAUUGAGGACUGAGGAGAAGAAGAAGAAGAAGCUACUGCGGUCACUGCUCCGGAGCAAAACAUUGAAAGCCAAACGAAACGUCAAAUCUCCUGUCACAGUUACCUACCUAUAACCUAAACACACAAAUUGUUGAUGUUUGGUACUUUAGGACCGAGACCACCCUUUUCCUCCUUAAAUAAUUUACCCCCCGGGCCGAAAAUGGCAGAUCAAAACAAAGAAAAUCCUCUUCACAUAUCUUGGCAAGACAGUAUGUGGAUUCCACAUCUAAAUUCAGCAAAUAUUUUGGAGUACUUCUCGGAAAGAACAAAUCCCUUUUACUCCAGAGAUUGCAACAAUGAGUUCAUCAAGAUGCAACAGAAUACUAGGGUUGAUCAGCUAACGAACAUGCAGGGUGUGGAAUACAUGCUCCUGCAUACUCAGGAACCUAUUCUAUACAUCAUAAGAAAACAACAUCGAUUCUCUCCUACUCAGGUUACACCUAUGGCAAAUUAUCAUAUUAUUGGAGGACAAGUAUUUCAAACACCAGAUUUAGGCUCCAUAGUAAAUUCUAGAGUGUUAGCUACACUGAGCAAUUUAACAAGUGCAUUCACUGAAUUGCAGUCAUACUCGCAUUAUCAUCCAUCUAGAGGUUACUGGUGGCAGUUUCGAAGUCAGUCGGAUCAGGGUGAUCAACAAAAGAAAAAGGAAGGAAAGAAGGCUACUCAAACAAAAAAGGAAGAAAAGGCAUCAAAUUUCCAGAAUCAUCGUGUUAAUGCGUUAUUAAAGGACCUUCAUGACAAAUUUCCUUAUAAAAAUCCAACUCCCCCUCAAGCACCUGCUCCUGUAGGGCAGCAACAAACUCAGUCUCAGGUGCCAGCAGGACAGCAACAGCAGUCUCAGAAUUUACAGCCACAGCAAUCUGGACCGCAACAGCCACAACCAGCACAGCAGCCAGAUGCAUCUAAAACUGCCUCAGGAGAGGAAACUAAAACAGAAGUUAAAGUAGAAAUCAAAACAGAAAUUAAACAGGAACCUGGAACACAACCAGCACCUCAACGUGGCAGUAAACCACCACCUGAAAAGAGACAGCGUACAACACCAUAGGUUUAAAUUUUAUUCCACACUUACUAAAAUGUUCAUAAAUUAUUAUUUUGUCAGUUUCUUAGUCGACUUGAAUAUGGUGUUAGCAGCAGGUUUACUAAAUUCCAUAAUAUGAAUGGUCCUUACAGGACUAUACAAUUUAUUUUUCAUGAUGCAAUAAAUUUGAUAACAUUU